UAUUGCACUAGUGCAGCAGUGCAGCGAAAAAGAACAGGCCACUAACCUCAAACUUAAACUCGUUGUUGUCAAUAUUCUGUCAAAUUUCUAACCUGAAAGAUCUGAAUGCGAGUAAGUUAGAGUAAAUACGCGAAACGAGAAAUAUGUCGAAAAUAGUCAAGUCCCUGGAGAGGCUCAACGUCGAGAAUGAUAUGGGACUGCACGGUAGACAGGACGAUAAAGGUGUUAAGUGCAAGAAGACUGAGCUGACAUUGUCACUGGAGGACACAGUAUCGUCUGAGCCAAGCUACAUCCUCUCCGUCUGCGGAACUCAAAGCGAGCCAGAAUUUAGAAUUGCAGUAGCACUGUCUGAUUAUUCAUGUAUGAUAUAUUCCGUUGGCGAGUCGACCUUGAGCCAGACACUCACGCUAGAUCAUAAUCGAGCCUCCAUUGUGGGAAUCAAGUUUAGUCCUACCUCAAAAAAUAUAAUAUAUAUCGCAAAUAACAAUGGAUUAAUUACGGUGUGUGAUUUGCGUGCCAAGGGAAGAAAGAUUGUGGCAGAAUUUAAAGAUGAUACAGAAGGCAAGGUAAAGCCUCUGGCUAGCUUUGAUCUUAGUUGCGACGAAAAGCUCUUGGCUGGUGGUACGGAGAACACAGGUGGAGAUGCGUUUAUUCUAUUCUGGGAUGUGAGGCAAAGCGGUUCGAAAGUAGAUAUCAAAAACAACAAUCUCCUUGGUGGGUAUUGGGAGUCACAUAUGGACGAUGUCACUUGUCUGAAUUUUCAUCCCGUCAAGCGGAAUGUUUUAGCAUCGGGCAGCACGGACGGCCUGAUGAAUAUAUUUGACCUGACACAAUCCUCAGAAGAUUCGGCUCUGACAUACUCGUUAAACACCGAAUCGUCAGUGGACAGACUGGGGUGGUCAACUGAUACUUCGCUAUGGUGUACGACGCAUACGCACGCGUUACAGUUAUGGGACUGCGAGGGUGCCAGUGCGUACGCGACAUUUGCACGCAGUCAGUUAGCUGUAUCACAGAAUGAUGAUCCUGAUAACUGUUACUUGGUGAGAUUCCAUUCUACAGAUGCAUUUGGACAACCAUUCUUGUUGGCGGGUUCUAGUACAGUUAAAGGAGAAAAUCUAAGAUGCUUGAGCAUUGGGAAUUCUCGUUUGGAUGCAUAUUAUGAAAUGGUAGGAAAUAAACAAAUAGUACGAGACAGCUGGAUACAUGAAAAGAGUGGUUGUUUGGUGACAGUUGGCGAGAAAGGUAUCGUUAACGUGUGGCGGAAAGUGGAAUCGUCGACGCAGCAGGCUUCGAGUCACAAGUUGUUAACUAAAAUUGGAACUGGUCGUGAUCGGCAUAAUCGGAUUAAACCUUAUUAAAAUAAGUAUUUAGAGAAAAUUUAGAUAAAAAAGAUAUAAAUUUGUUAAUACGGAAAAGUAUUUUUUGUAAAAAGUGUUUUUCAAUGAUCGCAUCGUCGCUGAAUAGGAACAGUGAAUGUCGAUUGAAGUGUCAUAAUUGUAUAUUUCCCUCACAUUCUUCUUUAUUACAAUAACAGUUGUAUGUACAUUUAUAAUAAAUAGGUAUUAUUUA